AUGUUCAAUAAUAAUUGUAUAAGUGCAUAUAUUCACGAUUUUGAUAGCAAGUCUUCCGAUUGGAACAUCAUAGCAUUUUUGGAUGAAUGCACGGAGAAGUCAUAUCAGCUGAAGAUAAGUCUGUAUCUAACAAGCCUAGAGAACAUUCUUAAAAACGAACAAGGGAAAAGGAAAGAAAAGGCACGGUUUCUCUAUGAUAGAUAUAAGAAAUCUUUAAGUCGAGCCAAAACCAGUGUUGGGGCACAGGGAGAUCGGCCUGACCACAAGUGUGCCAAGGACUGGGAAACAGAGAAUAUAUCAAAUAAAAUGAAAAUAGGACCUUCGAUUAAUAUUAGCAAUUCGACAUUCUCAGGUGAUCAUGCGACUAUAAAUAAUGAACCUUUUAAUGUUACAGGAACAAAUAGAGGAACAAAGAAAGGAACAAAAAGAAACGAGAAUUGGCAAGAGGACAACGACAAAGUUCCAAAACGGACAAAGAUAAAUUAUUACUUUCCUGCUUGUGAUCAACCUGAACAAACUCCCGAACACAAAAUCAAUCUGUCAAAUGCUUUUGUAUCCCCUGCAAUCAAGUCGAAAAGACAAUCCACCAAAUCCACAAAUGAUGAUGACGAUAACAAUACUGAGAUCGAAGAAUUUGAAUUUAGCCUUGCUAACUUUGAUGUUGCAUAUCAAAGUCUAGACCAGUCUGGGAGUGUUAAAAAAACAUACACACGUAAUUAUGUUAAAAAGACCGAUGAUUUUUCGGACUUUGAUCUCGCCUACCUAAAUUUUGAUCCCAAAAACAUGUGGACUCUCAAAUCGUCUGGACGCGUUGUUGAAAAGGCAAAAAAACUAUUUAACAACGAUGAAUGGAAUGAAAUAUUUUCCUUAAAUCUCAAACAAGUACCGAAAGUAGAUAAAAAUAUUAUAGAUCUCUUAAAAAAGUACACAUUACACGAUUUAUCUACUCUUCAACAAGUUAUAUUUGAAAAUAUUUUUCCCGAUAAUGUUCCUUACUCAACAGAUUUAAACUAUAUUAACCUUGCGUAUAGGUCCAUGUAUUCUCUGUGGAAAGGAGAAGUCAAUUUCACUUCAGCCCAAAAACUAGAAGGAUGGUUCGAAAUGAAUGUUUGGGCUCAUUUAGUAGAUCCUGUUUUUUGUGGAAUGGAAAUUGAGUUAGUGCGAGGAGAAGGACAGAGUUUAUCAUCAAGCUACGCAAUAAUCGCCUUGAAUUUGGCGCAAUUGAAGCUGGGAGAAACUGGGAGGGAACAAAAGGAACCAAAAUCCUAA